AUGCCAACACCUACGAAUCAAACCGCUAUUCCUAGCGUCACUGCCCUACGGACACAGCUCGGCUACGGCGAUGCGAAGAAAGAGAAGUUCACCGACUUUAAGAACGCCAUGCUAUCCUCUCGAGACGUCUUCGUGAGUGAUGGAGGACUUAAUGGUAAAGAUCUCAUUGACUGGAAAUCUCGUGACCAGCAGAACGCCCUGUCGAAGAUGGUUCAAGCCUUCCUAGACCGUGACGGGAAUCCGCAAAGGUUUUGGCCAGAUGAUGGUGCACUUGAUACCACAAAGCCCAAAUUUUCAACGGAUCAGAAUAGAAUCAAGGACAUUUUGCGACAACUUUUUUGGCGACUCAAUCUUCAAGACCAUCGCAACAACAAAAAUCGGAACCCAUUGAGUAAAGGAAAUGACAUAGGCAAGGGAUCUCAACCCGGGCUCCAUAGUAGCGACCCCAUAGACGUGGAGAGCCAUGAGGACGAAAACCCGCCCGGUCUGAGAUCGGCUAGAGAGCGAAGUCACACCUUGAGAGUUGACGAGGGCCCAAAUGAGUCAGAACUUGCCGACGAUGCCUCUAGUUAUUCGGUCAUCUCAAGAGAUCCGUAUCUGGUACCACAGAGCCCUGAUCUCGGUGCUCAGGCUCCGGUUCAGCUUGCGCCAUUUGCAGAGAUGACACCGUCGACAAAAAGAGCAAGAGAAGUUGACUCGCCGUCGGCGCGCUCUGAGUCGUCUGCAAAACGAGGUCGCAAAUCCUCGACGCAGAUUGUUAACCGCUCAUCGACUAGACACCGAAAGACGCGAAGAGAGCCGGAGUGGGCUACUCCGGAGCAGUACUGGGCCGCCGGAGAGUCUCCAGAGUGCCCAUCAAGCCUGGGCUCUGCUGGAAACAACCUGGGUGUCUCGGUUGAUGCUACCGUUGCAAUAGUGACGUCUUCGCUUCGACGGACUAUUGAGGAUGUACCACAAGAGGACCCUGUCACCGACUUCAUCGAUGAAUGGACCAUGCAACAGAACGCCGACACAGAUGCCAUUCCAACGACUGAAGAUGUGCCCAAGCAUCGCACGAUGACUCCCAUUGCAACUGAGGGAGAAGACGCAGCUGAGAAACCUGACGCUGUAUCAGAUGUCUCGAGAGUGCACCCUUCUACUACUAAGACUUUUACAUGCGAAGCCGCUGUUCCUGAAGAAACAGCUGCUAAAGCCGGCUUCCAACCCAAUGGCAGUGCUGAAUCGAACAAAGUCGAUCCGAAAGCUAUCGUUGCGCAGCCCAAAUUUACCUACACAAUUAUGACACACUAUCCCAAAUACAGAGAGCGGUACUGGAAGCCAAAAAGUGGUUUCAGGCAAAAGACGCUUUCUGAACUGCUGACCGAGUUUCCAGCAUGGGUACAGCUGUCUGAUGUGGAGGCAUUCCAAUUCCUCAUGGAGACCUCAAACACAGAGGUAGACGAUAUCAUAGAACUGGAACAAGAGGAGAAGUUCGAGGAGAUGAAGACGAAGUUUGAAAAGGCCAUUCGUAUGGAAAUAGCCAGGACAGCAAGCAGCGACCAAGUACAAGUGAAAAUCAGCAUAGACGUGCGGACUGGGAGGGAUCCAAAAGAGGAGGAGAUGGACAUUGAGAAUAUCAGGUUCUCAUGGUUCUGA